CUGUGAUGUCUUCGGUGCUGUUUGCGAUUCGCAGGUGUAAUGCGAUGCGUAUGACGGCCUGCCUUUUGUCUCUGCGCUCAAAUCGGGGACACUUGUGUCUGUUUGAGCCGUAUAGAGAGAAGUCGACCCUCAGAAAAUUGAAAGGAGCACCAGAAGUGCUAAGAAAUAGUCCAAAGAAGCCUAGGACUCCUUUCUUGAUGUUUUUGGAAGAAAUACGAUCAAGAAUACAAGAUGAGGAACCAGGUCUUUCAAUGAAAGAAGUAGUGAAGAAAGUCAGUGAAGAAUACCACAAAUUAAGUAAUGCCAUGAAAGAGGCAUACAUUGCUCGAUACCAAGCUGAGAUGCAAGAGUUUAGAAUAGAAUCGACGAAAUACUACAGCUCUCUGUCAGAUGAAGAAAAAGCUAAACUUGCUGAAUUUAAGGCAAAGCACAAAGAAGAAGCAGUACAAAAGAAGAAAAGAGCACAAUAUCGAGCUCUGAAUCCACCUAAAAAGGCAAGUGGUGCCUUCAACUGGUUUGUGAAGGACUAUGCUAUUAUUAGUAACUCAAGUACAUUUGGUCCAACAAUGAUGGUUGAAGCCGCUCAGAAAUGGAGAGAGAUGACUGAGAUUGAGAAACAACCUUAUCAAGACAAAGCAGCUGCUGCUGUAAUUCGUUACCGAGAGGAGAUGAGGGACUUUCAAAUUCUUCAUGGAAUCAAUUCUGCGGCUCCUGUUGCAAUUGAAAAGCCAAAGCCAGCAUUUGCUCUGUUUCUUGCCCAUCAAAUGGAAACAGGAGCUAUUAGCAAAGAGGAAAAGUCAAUGGUUGACGUAGCACAUGAGGCAAGACAUCAAUGGAUCACCAUGACAGAAAAGGAACGAAAACCAUUUCAAUUGAGAGCAACACGAGACAGGAAAGAAUAUGAGGAAAAGAUUGAGGUCUACAAAAAGAACGUUGUUACUAAAAGGAGAACUAAACUGAUGAAGGAGUAGCUGAAAUGUGACUUGCACAUAUAUAUUGCCUGUUGUUAAGAGUGAAUGUAGUAUUGUAGGUUGGUUAGUGUAGCUAGAUGACACUAAUCUGCUCAUGCAUUCAGGUCCAUUAAAUAGAAUUGUAAUUAUGAGCUGCUGCUGUUUGGUUGUAAUUUAAUUAAUCUGAGAGC